AAGAGGCAGGAAGACAGGACCAUGUCGAAGGGCCCCGGGCCCGGCGGCUCCGCAGCUUCCUCGGCGCCCCCGGCCGCUACCGCUCAGGUGCUGCAGGCACAGCCCGAGAAACCGCAGCACUACACAUUUCUCAAUGUGAAGGUUUCUUGGAGCUUCUUGGCCACUGGAUUUUUCUUACAGCUAUGUUAGAUACUAAAGAAGGCUUCCCCACAAUCCAUAUGCAUCUGCUUUGACUGGUGGUUUCUGUCAACCUACAAAGACUGUGGCUUAUUGGUGAGGGCAGCUGGACAACUCUGAGAGCAACUUAGAGAAACCCACCUUGGGCACACUCUGUAAAGGAGCGCCUUCUCUGGAAAUAGCACCCCAGAUAAGUGCACAAAAGCAAGACACCCUCGUGGACCUACUUCCUCCCGCUUUCAUCACCCUGAUGCCUAAAGAGCAAAAGAGACAAAGGUUGGAGGGAGGCCAGAAGGACGGAUAGAGCCCCCAACCCCCAGGUACCUGAAGGAAUUCCGCACUGAGCAGUGCCCACUCUUUGUGCAACACAAAUGCACUCAGCAUCGGCCCUAUACCUGCUUCCACUGGCAUUUUGUGAACCAGCGCCGCCGCCGGUCCAUCCGCCGUCGGGACGGCACCUUCAACUACAGCCCUGACGUCUACUGCACCAAGUACGACGAGGCCACAGGCCUCUGCCCGGAGGGCGACGAGUGCCCAUUCCUGCACAGGACCACAGGGGACACGGAGCGCAGGUACCACCUGCGCUACUAUAAGACUGGAAUCUGCAUCCACGAGACAGACUCGAAAGGCAACUGCACCAAAAACGGCCUGCACUGCGCUUUUGCCCACGGGCCCCAUGACCUGCGCUCCCCUGUCUACGACAUCAGGUGGGCUGAAUGCCACCUUGGGCUGAUAGCUGUGGGCCGGGGUGGGGGCCUGGCUGCUGACCGGUGAGUGCCGCAGGUGGAAUGCAGGGCUGGCCCUCUGGUUCCUUCCCUUCAUGCUCCCUCCCACGCUCUCUGUCCCUCCUCCUCCCCAGGGAGCUCCAGGCAAUGGAGGCCUUGCAGAACGGCCAGACCACAGUGGAGGGCAGCAUAGAGGGCCAGUCGGCCGGGGCCGCGAGCCACGCCAUGAUAGAAAAAAUCCUCAGCGAGGAGCCACGGUGGCAAGAGACCGCAUAUGUGCUGGGGAACUAUAAGACGGAGCCGUGCAAGAAGCCCCCGCGGCUGUGCCGCCAGGGUUAUGCCUGUCCCUACUACCACAACAGCAAAGACCGGCGGCGGAGCCCCCGGAAACACAAAUACAGGUCGUCUCCAUGUCCGAACGUAAAACACGGGGAUGAGUGGGGAGACCCCGGCAAGUGUGAGAACGGAGACGCCUGCCAGUACUGCCACACCCGCACGGAGCAGCAGUUCCACCCAGAGAUCUAUAAGUCUACCAAGUGCAACGACAUGCAGCAGUCGGGCAGCUGUCCCCGGGGACCUUUCUGCGCCUUCGCCCACGUAGAACAGCCCCCCCUCGGUGACGACCUGCAGCCUUCCUCAGCUGUGUCCAGCCCCACCCAGCCGGGUCCCGUCUUGUACAUGCCGUCUGCUGCCGGCGACUCGGUGCCCGUGAGCCCCUCCAGCCCACAUGCCCCUGACCUCAGUGCUCUCCUCUGUAGGAACAGCAGCCUAGGGAGCCCAUCUAACCUCUGUGGCUCCCCACCGGGCUCCAUCAGGAAGCCCCCAAAUCUGGAAGGCAUUGUUUUUCCUGGGGAGUCUGGCCUCGCCCCUGGCAGCUAUAAGAAGGCUCCUGGCUUUGAGAGGGAAGACCAGGUGGGAGCCGAAUACCUGAAAAAUCUGAAGUGCCAGGCCAAGUUAAAACCCCACUCACUAGAGCCCAGGAGUCAAGAGCAGCCUCUGCUUCAGCCCAAACAGGACAUGCUGGGCAUCCUCCCUGUGGGCAGCCCCCUGACCUCAAGCAUCUCUUCUAGUAUCACCUCCAGCCUAGCAGCUACUCCCCCUAGCCCUGCCGGCACCAGCAGCGUCCCUGGCAUGAAUGCAAAUGCUCUGCCCUUCUACCCCGCCAGCGACACGGUAGAGUCGGUCAUAGAGUCUGCCCUGGAUGACCUGGACCUGAAUGAGUUCGGGGUGGCCGCCUUAGAGAAGACCUUCGACAGCAGCUCCGUGCCCCACCCGGGCAGCAUCACCGUCGGCGGCAGUUUGCUGCAGAGCUCCGCACCCGUGAACAUCCCUGGCUCCCUGGGCAGCUCCGCCUCCUUCCACUCCGCAUCCCCGUCCCCUCCCGUCAGCCUCUCCUCGCAUUUCCUGCAGCAGCCCCAGGGCCACCUGAGCCAGUCAGAAAACACGUUUUUGGGGACCUCAGCAUCACAUGGAUCUUUGGGGCUGAACGGGAUGAACAGCAGCAUCUGGGAGCAUUUUGCCUCUGGAAGCUUCUCCCCGGGCACGUCCCCUGCUUUCCUGUCGGGGCCAGGGGCUGCCGAGCUGGCCCGGCUUAGGCAAGAACUAGAUGAAGCCAACGGUACCAUCAAGCAGUGGGAGGAGUCCUGGAAGCAGGCGAAGCAGGCUUGUGAUGCCUGGAAGAAGGAGGCCGAGGAGGCCGGGGAGCGGGCCAGCGCGGCAGGUGCGGAGUGCGAGCUGGCCCGGGAGCAGCGGGAUGCAAUGGAGGCGCAGGUGAAGAAGCUACAGGAGGAGCUGGAGCGGCUGCACUCAGGCCCCGACCCGCAGGCCCUGCCCGCCUUUUCCGACCUGGAGACCCUCUCACUCUCCACCCUCUACUCCCUCCAGAAGCAGCUGCGGGCGCACCUGGAACAAGUGGACAAGGCCGUGUUCCACAUGCAGUCGGUGAAAUGCCUUAAGUGUCAGGAGCAGAACCGAGCGGUGCUGCCGUGCCAACACGCCGUGCUGUGUGAGCUCUGUGCCGAGGGCAGUGAGUGCCCCGUGUGCCAGCCAGGCCGGGCCCACACUCUCCAGUCGUGACCCUGCAGGCCUGGCCCUGGCCUGGCUCAGAUCUUCUCACCUAGGACUUUUUAAAGUAUAUAUAUGUAUGUAUGUAUGUAUGUAUGUAUGUACGUAUAUGUAUAUGAUUAUGUAUACAUUUCCGUAUGUGUGCAGGUAUGUGUGGGCGGCCAGUGUGAACAGUGUCUGUGUGUAUAUCUGUACAUAGAUAUAGACACACACUUUAAAACAGACUUACCAAGCACUUUUUAAAAGAAAACUAUUUUGCAGUCCUCUCCCUACCCGCUCCCUACUUUUCCCACUGCAGAGACAAAGUCCCCCCUUCUCCCACCAGCCUUUUGGCAGGGAGUCAGUUUCUGUCUCUUUUUUAUGUAGGAACUAACUAUUUUUAACUUUUUUCUGGGGCCUGAGCAGGGAGGGGUGGGAAACUAGAAGGGGGUGAGGGAAGGGGCUAAGCCUUCGGGGCAGGCCCUGUUCACCCCACCUCCCCAGGCCAGGGCCCAGAGCCAGGGCUUGUGUGGAGGACCAGCUGGAGAGCUGGCUCCAGCUGUGAGGAUGGAGGGGAGGGCGUCUGCUGGGGUCCGAGCCAGCCUAGCUCCUAGGUUUACCAAGUGUGUAUUUAGUCUGGGUGGCAGGUAAAAGUUGUGGGGCCAGCCCCACUCCUAGCCCUGGGCCCUUGAAGCUCCUCCAGGGGCAAGGCCUAGGCCUUCUACCCUCAGAUUCCUGAGGCUGGAGUCUACCCCCCAGGCUCCCAGCGCAGCCUCCCUGGCCCCAGGGCCAUCUACCAGGCUGGCACUGCCCUCUCCAUCACCCCCAGCUGCCCUCAGCUGCCCCCCGCCCCCUUGUGCACAGCCCUCUGCUGUCCGCCCCUCCCUCUGGCAGCUAGCAGGGCAAUAGGUGGGGGAGUCGCGGACUGUGAGGACCAAGGUAGGGCUCCGGCCCUGCCCUGGAGGGGCUCCGUAGGCAUUCCUUGGUGCUCUCUGAGUGCAGCUGACGUCCUGCCCCCUGUCUGGAGCAGACGCCGUGUGCAUGUGUGUGCGUGCCUGUCCAAUGUAUAUUGUGUCUUAGCUUCCAUUUUAAAAAUUGUUCUGUACAGAGAGAUGCAGCAGGGGCGGGAGGGCAGAGUGGGCAGAGGGAAGCCGCCCCACUCCCAGCACUGGGGGUCUGGGGUGGGAGCAAGAGCGCUGCAAAGGGUCUGGCCCGGCCCAGGCCCCCCCUUGGGCUCAGCACGAAAGGGCUUUCAAUGAAUUAAGUGAAAAACUUUUUUACAAAAAUGCAAAAAUCAAAGCUCCGAACGUAUUGGGAAUAAACUAUGAACUUGC